AUGACGUCCUUGUUGCGCAAGUUUGUGUCGGCCAGGCAAAGGAGCAAGAGCCCAGUGAAACGAUCCCCUCAGGCCAAUUACAAUUACGCAGCCGAUAAUGAGUUCGAGCAUUGGACCCGGGGCCCUGAGACUCGACCUCCGCCUCCUCUGCAACGACUCCCACCUCAGAUCCGAACCCAGUAUGUGGAUGAGGACCUUGAACUUCAGACUUUAACUGUAAGCUUUAAUUAAUUAAUAUCAUCAACAGCUGCCAGAGAGGUGUCAGAUAUUAAGAGAGUGUGAUGGAUGAGUAGAGUGUUCGACUAAGUCUAUUCCUCCUUUUCAGAACUUCCAACAUCCGUACUCUGGUAAUUAUUGGCAUCCCGGGACAGCCCCUUCCCACCAUCAUCAAUCCACGGUGAAUGGAUGGGCGGCGACGGGGAUUCAGCCGCCUCUCACCUUGCUACAGCCUCCCAGUCAGGGUCAUGGUUCUUCAGAAGUAAGAACACCCCAUUUUAUUUACAAGAUCUUCCAGUAUGUUAGCAUGAACAACAAUCAGAACACCUUGAAUACGGCGACUCUUCGGUCGAGGGAGAGUUCCAAUGAUUUUGGACGGUCCAGUUCGAAAGUCCAUCUGACGGAGCCCGAAUACACGAUGACAGAGCCUCGGCUCCGAUCCGAAUCACCUCAAAAAUCGCCACAAGAAGUGUUUAGUAAGUGGCCUGAGGGCAUGUAUCAGGUUUCAGUUCAUAGAUCUCGUUCCAAAUCCCCGAAGAAGAAAGUUCCCACCAAAUCCCCGGUUUCCUUCAAGCAAACUUUUGAUUAUCUUCAUUCCCAGUGCCGGAUCGAGGGCUGUUCGGCCUCGAUUAUUGUUGAUGUAAGUCGUGUUAGCCAUGACGACAUUUUUUAUUUACAGGAUGUUCGUUUCCUUGUAUGUAAACAUCAGCUUGCUCAUGUUUCCGAAUUCUUUCGAACUCUUUUUCUGAAUAAUCGCGCUCUCACUCAAAAUGGCGUUAAACAAUUAUCGACCAAUGAGUAUACUAUCGUCGUAUCGAGCUUGAAACAUCCCCCACAAUAUGUGCAAUUCCAAUGGUUCAUUGAGUGCACCGUCCCCGGCCCAGUCCUCAAGGAUAUGACUGGUAAAUAUAGAUUACGAAUCUGUUUUACAUUCGGAUAAUAUUAAUUAAUUGUUGUUACUACGUCGCAACUAAACCGAUACUUUGUAGACGAUGUUCUGGAGACUUGUAUGAGAUUAUCCAAGCGAUUUACAGCCAAGGGGUUGGAAGUUCGAUGUGCCCGGUAUAUCAGAGAGAACGUAAGUCGUCAAUGAAAGUAAGGUGACUCGAAGUUUAGGUAGACAGAAAAGCCCCGAUGACAGCGUUAUGUUGGCUAAAUUGGGCGUUAAAACAUCGAUUUGACAAGUUGGUUCAGGAGAGUUGCAUGUUGGUGGCAGCCCGGCUAUCGCUGAUUAAUCUGGAGAAACAUCGGGAUAUGGUCACCGAGAAGAUUUUCGCCGACAUUCUGUCAGCCAAGUUGAGGGUGUGCUUCAAACAGGUACGGCAUCUCUAAAAUCCUGUUUGUGGCACUUCUAAUGCUUAUAUUUUCAGACAGCGAAUGUAUUCCACACCAUCCACAAGAUGGAUCAUUUCCACGUUGAAGUAGAGAAAUGUCCUCGCUGUUCCCGGCAAAGGGAACAAGGAAGGAUAAGAUUGUUGGCUAAUCCUUGCCAGAAGUUGAUUGGAUGUGAAAGAUGCCUGAAAGAUCUUGGAUGCGAGAUCGAGAGGAAGUCCCAGGAUCAAUUGCAAGCCUUUUAUCAAUGCGAUCAUGGUCUUCUCUCGUUCAGCGAUGAAACUGAGGAUUGCCAAUGUCAACAGAAAUAUUACAGACGGCGGGUGGACAUCUCUCAACCUCCUUCUGAACAUACAUUCGACGGAGAAGCUGCUUCAUCUCAAUUAAAUUGA